AGCUUAGGCUGCUCCUCCCCCCUCCCACGUUCCUGUCGCUGGCUGCAGCUGCGGAGAGGACGAAAACAGCCCAAUUUCCACAACCCGCAGCGACUUUUCCCCUUCAGUUUUCGGAGGGGAAAAGUGUGGGUUAUGGUCCGUAAAAUACGGUAAUAUUUUUUCUUUGGAGGGGGCAGCUGCCCCCCGCCCCUCGCUGGGUACGCCCAUGGGACAAUAUCUGAUCACCUAUAUUAGAUCUUUGAAGCCAAGGCUAGAUGAUAUGGUGGACAUAAUAAUAAUAAUAAUAAUAAUAAUAAUAAUAAUAAUAUUUUAUUCGUACGCCGCCUAUCCGGCUGGGUUUCCCCAGCCACUCUGAGCGGCUGCCAACAAAGAUUAAAAUACAUUAAAAUGUCACGCAUUAAAAACUUCCCUAAACAGGGCUGCCUACAGAUGUUUUCUAAAUGUCAGGUAGUUGUUUAUCUCUUUGACCUCUGAUGGGAGGGCAUUCCACAGGGCUGGUGCCACUACCGAGAAGGCCCUCUGCCUGGUUCCCUGUAGCUUUGCUUCUCGCAGUGAGGGAACCGGCAGAAGGUCCUCGGCGCUGGACCUCAGUUAUCCGGGCAGAACGAUGGGGGUGGAGACGCUCCUUCAGGUAUACUGGGCCGGGGCCGUUUAGGGCUUUAAAGGUCAGCACCAACACAUGGGGCUUCUGCUGAAAGAAAUUGCUCCGUGUCUCAUUCCUCUUUGUUGUUAGUAACCUCUAACGGCAACAGUCCAUGGUGGGACAUCAUUGGACAAUUCAAGCAAGCAGUAGCCUAUGAAGUGGAACUGAGGCAGAGCAAAAACACUCAAUGUGUGAUGAUACCCAUUAAGCCAUUGUUAGAUGUUAUGGAGGUGAUAAAGGGCUUCUGUUUCCCGUUUGCUGUAAUAGCUAGUUCCAGCCUUAAUUUCUGCCGACCACCUAAAAGUAAGAUUUUACUCCAACCAUUGCUGUUUUUAGCGCAGCACCAGUAUUGUUUGUUAACGUAAAGAGAAGCAUAACAACGUAGCACAACUGGAUAAGGCAGGGGUCAGCAAAUCCUUUCAGCAGGGGGCUGGUCCACUAUCCCUCAGACCGGGGGGGGGCGGACUAUAUUUUUGGAAAAAAUAUGAACGAAUUCCUAUGCCCCACAAAUAACCCAGAGAUGCAUUUUUAAUAAAAGGACACAUUCUACUCAUGUCAAAACACCAGGCAGGCCCCACAAAUAACCCAGAGAUGCAUUUUAAAUAAAAGUACUAGGGUGAUGACUUUUUUACAACCUCAUUUCCCUGUAUCAUAAUUUGAUGAGCUUUCACUAAAGAUUAGAUAAAAUCUUACUUUCAAAGAGAUUUGAUAAAAAAAAAACCUCACGCACAAAAUGAUUUUUUAAAUUUUUUUUAUCAGUUUUUUGACCAUUUUUGAAGUCACUGUAAGCAGAUAUAAAAUUGAACCCAAGCUUUAGAGUCACAUAUAUACAACAUUAUAUAGGGUCAUCAAACACACAAGGAAGCUGUUUUUAGCUGCAGUAACAGUAUAGACGCCGCUAGAGGAGGAUGUUUUGCUACCUCUCCUGUAGGUUCUUUUCCCAGCAUGUCCGGCAGGGUCUGCUGGCUGAGUCCCAAAAAGGGGCUUUUACCUUGCGCAGGUGUGACAUUUGUAUACCCUAUGUUGCUAAGAACACUCCCCAUUGUGGCAUGUGGUGUUGUGUCCCAAUUUGAUAUGAAAUAUAUAUGGAAUUGUUAAUACAAUUUUAUGAAAUGGUAAAACGGCAUACAAAAAUUUAAAACUGUUUGUGCGUAACCUUUUUAAAUAUUUCAAUGGAAUAUGCCUCAUUUUAGUCAUUAAUAGGCAAAAGUUCAUCCAUUUGUGCUACAGGAAAUAAUUUUUGAGAAAAAAAUUGAAAAAGUCAUCACCCUAAAAAGGACACAUUCUAUUCAUGUAAAAACACGCUGAUUCCCGGACGGUCCGUGGGCUGGAUUUAGAAGGCGAUUGGGCAGCAUCCGGCCCACGGGCCUUAGUUUGGGGACCCCUGGGAUAAGGGGUCUGCUAGUACUGGGAGAUUAUUAUGUGUUUGGAAACACUAUUUCUUUUUCGGUAGUGUUGUUUUCCACAUAUCACAAUUGCCUGUGGUGGCGUCCCCCCCCUUUCAAACAUGCCUUAUUCUUAUUUGGUCACUACCCAAAGCAUAAUAUACCACAGUUCUGACAUCAGUACCUGCUUUACUAACAAGCAGGGCUGAAAGGAUAAUUGGGGGGGGGGGGGUUGCAGUAACUGCAAUAUUGCUUCAGUCAAUGGAAUUCCCAAAUGAGAAGCAGAUGGCAGUUUCUUUCUCGUGGGUGUUGAUAAUGAUGUAUGCUGAGUUGGUUGUUACCUAGCAACUAAAGAUGCAGUUGUAAUCUAGCAGAUCCAGAAGCAAAAAAGAACUGGUGUUGCCUUGACACGGGGGGGGGGGGGGCAUUAAUGAUUUUCCCUGACAAUGGAAUUUCACUUGUAGCUGCAAGAAGGCUUUAAGAAGGACUUUCCUCCAAUCAAAGCAUUUUCCUUUUGUGUAUAAGCUAUGUGCUCCUUAAUCCUGCAUCAGGACAAAUUGAGUUUCCUUUCAGGAAAACUAAAUGCAUACAGAUACCAGCAAAGACAGGUAGAAUCUGUUGUAGAGGAAGGCUUUAUAACUACGCAACUGUAUAGAUAUAAUUGCAGAGUGUUUUCAUGAGUGUGUGUUUAAAUCUUACUCCUGCUUGUAACAGUAGGUUAUUACUCAUUGUUUACCAGAUUUAAUUAUGUGACCAGGACAUUUACAUUGUAGAGAUUCAGGCGUUGCAUACAGUAAUUAAACAAAAUAUUUUAUUGUUCCAAAGCUGGGUUUGAUUGGAUGUUCCAUGAUUCUUAUCUCCACAUUUUGUCACUGGUCACCACAGGUUAAACUACUGUUCAGAAGUUGUUGUUUAAGUUUAGAGCUUUACAAAAAAGGGGGAUUAAUUAUUUUGUGCAUUAAUAGCCUGGUUGUAACUUUUCUUCUCCGGCAGAAUUGAAAGUAAUAGUUCGUUCUGCUCCUCCUUUGGCUGGCUAUAUAUAAGUCACAUAAAUUGCCUUCUUAAUCUUGGUUUAUGAUAUAAUACGUUGAGUUUAAGGGGCUCCCAGACAUUGAGGCAGGGUUAUAAAAUAUUAAAUAAAGAUCUCAAGAAAAUUAAGUCAGUCAGAUCUAAUAUUCCUAAUGCAUUUUAUUGCAGCCAGUGGAAGAGGUCCAUGGACUUGCACAUAAAACUAGGCAAUAUUGUGAAAUGGCCUUUAUCAUCAGUUUUAGAAUAUUAUGUUUCCUUUAUAAGGGUGAGACACAGAAAACAGAGGUGUAUCAAGUUGUUCUUCAUGGUAUUUUUUCUCUCCCUUAUACAGUAGAAGUUUAGCAGAAUUAGGUUCUGCAGACACUCCCAAGGCAGGUACAAAUACAACUGUCUGGUAACAUUAAAACUAUUUAUUCUGUUUAUAUUCUUUAUGGAAGAGAGCAUGGAACUUUUAGCUACUCAGGAAAAGAGACUGCUGCACUGAGACUUCAUUAUGUUUCUGGAAGAGGUAUUCUGGGACAUGACAGUUGAAUGACGAUUCCCAAUUCUGUAGUCGAUCCCACUGAAAUAGAUGAUAUCCCCUCCAUUAGUGGUUGGUGCAGACAUAAUGAUGUUUAUACCCUUGCACCGCUGCAAAUAUCCGUAAUGUAGUGUAGCAUUAUCUGGGGGAAGAUGUGAGCUCUCACAUACUUCCUCUCCUCUUUGGAAACAUUCCCCUUGCAGCCUUAAUCAUAGUUAACAUCUGUGCUCUUAAAACAGUUAAUUCUAGCCAGGGCUCGCUCUAUUCAAGACUCACUUUUCAAAACCUACUUAAGCCUGUAGCCCUCUAUAUUCUUGUAUAUGCCGUCCCUCUGUAGAGGCAUUUUCAUGCUCAAAUACCAUUAUUAUUAUUAUUUAAAUAGGCUGUAACUAAGCAAUUAUUGUAAAUACAAAUUACAGUAUACGUUAUGGGAAAUAACCAGCAAUUCAGUAAGCUUUAGUGGUCGCUAGAAAGCCAUCACAUUUUUAAGAGAUCAGUUGGAAAUGUCAACAACCUCUUACAUUGUUAGCCUUGAUAUUUUCCAGCAGAGUAACUUCAGAGUGAAUGCAUUUCAUCCUCAGCUCCAUCAUUCAGUGUAACUGUAAAGAAUAACGUUUUUGAUAACAAUAGUUAAUGACUGCAGUUAAUGGCGCCACUGAAGAACCUGGUUAUUUUGUUUGAGUGUGCAGGCACCUGCUUUUGUUGGGUUUAUGCUUCGAAAAAGAUAAAUAUUAUUCAACAGUUGUGUGAGUAGAAGAUGGCUCACAUGGCAGAUAUUUAUCUUCUUCUCUUCCCCCUCCACAGCUUCUGCACUCUUUGAAAAACCUCUUUAGAGAAUGGGGCAGGGAAUGGAGAAUGGAGACUUCUGGUCAGUUUGGGCUGAAGAAAGCUGCAGAGGAGGGGGAGGAUGUGGGAAUGUUAAGGAUAGUAGGAAUAAGCAUUAUCCUUCCUUCACUCUCACUAGUAAGUGAUGUAGCAGAGCAGAUUCCCCUCCAUAUAGCUGGAAGCUAGCUUGCAGAUACACUUGAAUCUCUUAGGAUUAUUUCCUGGUGUCCCCUUUGAUCCCUCUUAAAAGAAUAAAGACACGAGAGUCUUUCUGAAUAAAGUAACAAAACGUUUACUCACAUUUCACUUCACGAUUUGAUCCCCAUAGCUGCCAAGUACCCCAUUUUCCCCGGGAAACCCCCGUUUUUUCAUACCGUUUCCCGGCGGUCCCUCGUAUCACUUCGUCUCCCGCUUUCUCUCUUAUAUUCUCCUGCCGGCGGCCAUUCCCCCCCUGCUUUGCCCAUCUAUGGGCACCGAAAAUGGCCGGCACCGAAAGUCACAUCUACGCAUGUCCGGAAGUGCGUAGACACGACUUCCGGUGGCGGCGGCCAUUUUUUGUGCCCAUAGGGGCAAAGCGACACCGGAAGUUGCAUCUACGCACUUCUGGACAUGUGUAGAUGCAACUUCCGUUGCCAGCGCCGGCCAUCUUUUGUGCCCAUAGAUGGGCAAAGUGACACCGGAAGUUGCGUUUACGCAACUUCCAGUGUCACACGGCUACCGGUCCCGGAUUCUGCAGUCCAGGACUUGGCAGGUAUGUUGAUCCCUGAAAUGCAGGCUUUACUUAAUAGUUAUAUAAGAAACUGAGCUCAUCUCUUAUAUGGAGACUGAACUCAUGUGCUGCUGGCUGACAGCCAGCAGACAGCAAAAUUACACCAAUAGAACAAAAUGGCUGCAGGAGAGCAGCAUGGCAGCAAAAGAACAGCAAGCAAGAGAACAAGUAAAGCAAGAGAUCAAGACAAACUAGACUAGACAAAACUGCAAGAAUCAAGACUGAGAAAAUGGCUGCAUGACUCGGCUCUUUUAUGGAGCCCGCCAGAGCCAUGCCCAUCUCCCAGAUCACAUGCAGGGGGAGGAUGCUCCAGACCAGUGGAACAGGAAGUUACACCGACUGGAUGUUCCCCUGCCUGUGAUUGCAUCCCACAGAGGAUACAGUACAACUCAUAUGCUUCAAGAAUGUCCUCCAACCUUAUGGAGUGGCUGUCUGGAGAGUGCAGGGCCCGAAAGGGAUAAUUGAAUUUUGUCGGAUGCACAGCCUUCCACUCUUGCAGCCAUUGGAUACCAAACCUUGACUGUAACUUUCACCUAUAGGAGAGAGGAUUGGUCUAUAAUCUGUUUGAAAUGGCAGGUAAACCUCCCCUGUUUCCCUUGUAUAAAGAUGAUAGACGCUGCCGUGAUGUUAGCAUUUGCUACGCUAAUACUAUUACACAAGUGUCUUUCAUGCAGUGUAGGUUUUUAAUGGAACCUUUGCUUGAUAUCAACAGAAAUAAGUGCCAGAGUGUGAGCCCCACUUUUGAUUACAUAGACAUUUGAUAAUAGGAAAAGUUCAGAGAGUCGGAGUGAGGUGACCCAUUUUUGUUUUGAUUUCAUGCAAUGUGUAGUUUGCUCUUGCGGUCUUUCAAGCAAAAGCAUGAACUCUCCUAUGUGUGCUUAACAAGUAAGGAUUAUUACAAAAAGCAAGAAAGCUAAAUGUCAUUAAUGUGCCACAGAAUAGUUAAAGGGUGGAUUUAUCUUAUUACUUUUCAGUCAAAAUGUAUUUUCAGAUAUGGAGAUGUAAAAUCUCCCACAUAGGUUUGUGGAUAGUAUCUUAACUUUUUUAUAAAGUUUUUUUUUUUGGUCUGCUUAUACAUUUCCAUAUGAAAAAGAAUAAUGAGGGAAACUGUUUCCAAACAUUUCAAAAACAAAACAAAACAAAACACCUGAGGCUGCUUCAAAGUUCAGAAGUAAAGGCCAAAUAAAUGAUUGGCCAUUGGUUCUGGGCUCAUAUGUGCCUUUUCCCCACCUCCGGCUGGGAUUUCUCCCUGAAUGUCCUUGUCUGCUGUUAGGAUCAAAAUUGACAAAUCGUGGUUUGUGCUCAAAAUCAGAAUUGGGGAACUAAGUGGAGGGAUUUCCAGUUUUGGAUUUAAAGAUAAGCAUAGUUGCCCACUCAUAUAUAAUGGCAAACUGUCAAUUUCUAGAAUAGCAAAGGAAUUGGACAGCACGAAGGGAGAUGAGAACAUUCAAUUCUGAAGAUCACCAAUCCGUGGUAUAUUAGCUUACAUAGGAGCCAAUAUGCAGAAACGGCUCAAGGAAAUUAUCAUCAUGCACCGCAGCUUGGCUCCUAUAUAUAAAAUAACCAAUAUUUUGAGGACUAAUAUUUAUGCUCAUCCAGAUCCUUCCUUCAAAACUCACCUUUCCUGUAAAGACUGGCUUAAUUGCUUGAUCCUGAUACCCAGCUAUAACCAAGCCCAAACACUUUUAUCUUUAUGCUUGUAUGUCACUUGCUAUCCUCGUCUCACCCUGAUCUAAAUAUGGUUUAUUCCUGAUUCAAGGCGGAGUUCUCCCCGAUUCAGAUAUAACGAUGAACUCUGGUUAGUUUGAAACAGAGAGGCAAAUGCUUCUGAUCUUCUUGUGGCUACAUCAGAGAAGAGGAAGAGUGUAUGAGCCCCAGGCAUGCUUACGUAGUGCGAAAUCAUGGUUUAGUGUUAAUCCAAAAUGGGUUAAAUUAAUGGGAAUAGGCUGUUCACAAAACGUGGCAUUAGUACAAGUGCACAAUUCGCAGCUUUUCUUUGUUACUCUUCAAAUGAUACACAUUACAGGAUGUGUUCUUAAACAGCAUUCCUGUGCAUCUACACCUUCAUAAGUUGUUUGUGUUGCAUCAUGAGGAAUGUGGUGUUUACGCUACUUACUUAGAAUAUACAUUAUGUGAAUAUCUAUAGUUUUGAUUUUUAAUUUGUUGCUUAUACCUGGUGAUUGAUUAGAACAAUUUGCACAGAAGCUUUCGCGAUGUUCCUGAAUGAGGGAAAAUACACAGACACCACAUGGCAGUUAAUUACACCGCUUUAACAAUAAAUGUCAAGGAAAUGUUUUUUUUAGAAGGAAAAAAAAAGAUGAAUGCUGCGCUUAAGCAAAGUGCAAUUACAUUUCCAACAUCUGAAAUGUUUCACAACACUGUACGUACUCAAGCAGUGAACACUUUAGCAUUUUCCACACAUGCACAAUGGCUGACAGAUGGUGGGUGUUACAGGUAUAAUUUUGUAACCAACACUCACUUGUUUGUUUGCAAGAGGGAAUUCCUGCUACCAUAAUGUUUUGUUAAUCUGAGCUAAUUUAUUCCUACACAAAGAAGUAUUUGCAUAUAGACACAUUUCUUAGAACUGAUCUUAGAAGAAGGAUUAAGGUCAUGAUUUGGUAGAAUGUUGCUUACAAAUGAGACUUGCAUGCAAAAUUCCAUUCCCCCCCCCUGAAACAGUCUGCAGUCUAAAACAGUUUAUUUGCGCACAUUUUCCCUAGCCAGAAACUACUAUCAGUCUGAUUGAGAUGGCUUAUCAUGAAUGGAAGAAAAGGGCUGAUAAUGUAGAAUGCCAUCUCUUUUAAAUAAGACACAGCUGUGAUAUGUGAACACGCAUGCAUCUUAGUAGUAGGUUUACCACAUAGUACAGCAAUUCAACUGUCAACGCUGUAAGUAUUGGCCUGAACAAUCUCCAGCAGCAGCUAAGAAGCUAGCACCCUGUUACUCCUGUGACUAGAUGCAAGAAAGAUGGAAGCUGCUGCAACUAUUCUAAUUUAAUUUACAGCCUUUUGCUUGCUGCACAUAGGCGAUGGGUAUCCUAAAUUCCAGGUAUUCAUGACAUUUGCCACAUUGUUCCGGGGUGAGGUCACACCCUGUGAUUUCAGAUCCUAAGGUUUUAGAUCGUUUGUUUAAACUGGCAUUUUUAUAUUACACAGAAAAAAGUUAAAUGCAUAUUAAACAGGAAAUUAUUAUGAAUCUAGAACAAUGUGUCAUACUGUGAUUAACUCGGACCUAACAGAUUUUCAGAAAACUGAAAAAAUACUGAUAUCCAUUGGAUUAUUUUUUAAAAAAACCAUAUAAUAAUAAUAAUUAAUAAUAGUAAUAAUAAUUUGGGAAUCUGAUCUAAAUAGUACUCCAUUUCUGACAUUUUAAUGGAAAUUGUAGCCAAGGCCUACUUGAGUCCUGUGGUUCAUAAAAAGUGGGGGUGGAGGGAGUAAAAAGGGAGCUACACCUCAAAUCGUCCUGUGGUGUUGUGAGGAGGAGGAGAUUGAGGGAAAUGAGGUUAUCAAGCGCUACAGGAACAGUUUCCAUCCUUUUUGGACCUAUGGGCACAUUUGCAAAUUGGAGAAACCGUCAUGGGCACCCACUUAAGCAUAUCUGGCGCCAUGGUGCGAAGAUCCCUCCGGCGCCCCGUUUCCCAGCGCAACUGUCUAGCGGGCACAGCGCGGUGCCCCCCUGGUGGCCCGGCACCCUGCCGCAUUGCGGCACCCAGCCUUGCCUUAGGGCCGGCCCUGUGGGCACCUCACAUAUAACUGCAGGCAAGCCCAUACUAUGGCCCUAUCCUAUUGGCUACAAAGUAAUGUUAAUGAACGGCUUAGGGAGCUGGGUAUGUUUAGCCUGGAGAAGAGAAGGUUAAGGGGUGAUAUGAUAGCCAUCUUCAAAUAUAUGAAAGGAUGUCAUAUAGAGGAGGGAGAAAGGUUGUUUUCUGCUGCUCCAGAGAAGCAGACACGGAACAAUGGAUUCAAACUACAAGAAAGAAGAUUCCACCUAAACAUUAGGAAGAACUUCCUGACAGUAAGAGCUGUUCGGCAGUGGAAUUUGCUACCAAGGAGUGUGGUGGAGUCUCCUUCUUUGGAGGUCUUUAAGCGGAGGCUUGACAGGCAUAUGUCAAGAAUGCUUUGAUGGUGUUUCCUGCUUGGCAGGGGGUUGGACUGGAUGGCCCUUGUGGUCUCUUCCAACUCUAGGAUUCUAUGAUUCUAAUUUCAAACCUAAUAUCAGGGGAAGGUUUCUUUGGGCACAUGUAUGCUCAGCCUCAGGGGCACUGUGUUGGUGACCCUGGUACUAGAAGGAGAAGUGUAGAGAAAUGUUGACUACAUCCCCAGGAACUGCUGCUGUGCAGUUGCAAUCUUACUUACAGUAUUUUGAAGGUUCACAGGGAGCCCCUUGGGAGUGUAUGAAGUUCAUAUGUCUUCUAAAAAUCAAACUGUUGUUCUGUUGAUUGGCAGUCAAAUUGUGAUCUUAAUGUACAAAAAAAGGGGGGGUGGAGCCAGGACCAGAUUUAGGUUUGAUGAGCCCCUAAGCUACUGAAGGUAAUGGGGCCCUUUACAUAUGUCCAGCUGUCCUUUGCUAACAACAAAUUGUUGCUGCUAUUUGUAUUGAAUAUAUUGUAUAUGGUAAUUUAUGGACCUAAUAGGUAUCUAAAGCCAUUAUUUUUUAAAAAUGUAUUUUAUCAAAGUAAUUGUUGAACUGAAAUACAAUUAAGAAUAUUAAUAGUGAAAAAUGUUUUUUGGGGGGAGAGAAUGGGGCCCUAAGCUAUAGCUUGUUUAGCUCAUACGUAAAUCCGGCAUUGGGUGGGACAUUGCUUUUCUUUCCCGCUUUUCUCCAGCACAGUAUUCAAUGGCUUUUCAUUGUGUUUUAAGAAAGUUAGAAAAAUACCCUCAAAAAAGACAUUGCUCAGUUACUAAUACUAUCUUUUCAUGCCUAACAUGUUUCCCAUCCACAUCUAGUUAUGCAAAGUCUUGGAAUACUUGAAGUUUCAGAACUCCUGUGCCUGCCCUGCUUGCUAGAAAAGGGAUUCAGUGCUUUUCCCUUGAGUUCAUGGGAUAAAUUUAUAUCUUAUCUCUUGCAAUCACUCCAGGCAUUAUUAAUAUGUUAGAAUUAAAAGCUCUUGAUUUUUACCUGCUGGAUCGGUACUCUUCAGUACUUAAACUCUCCAAAUAAAUCUCCUCAUCCCCAUUUUUCAAGUUGGGGGUGGGGAGAUAUGCCACACUGUUCUUAAAACAUACCAUUGGCACAAAUAAAUCUUCUCAAGAAGAAAAGAUAAUGGAUUUAGGUAGAAAAUUGAUAGUUACUUUUGUAAAGGGCAAUGGGUCGUACUGUGAGCACUGCAAAGGGUGGAGUCUCCAGUGGUGUAGACAGCUUUACUUGAAUAUGGUAUGUGGGUAGCAACUGUGAAGAGAAGUAAAGGCAUGUAGUUUGGGGGCGAGGCUUGUUAGUUCAGUGUGUGGAGAAGAAGGCUAUUGAAUUCCAGCAGGUAGCAAGACAGAAGGAACACCUAAGGCUAAAUCAGGAUUGCUUUCCUGUUUUACAAUCAAAAUACAUUUUCUUAGCAUUUGUUAUUAUGUUGUGUUUUUUUGCAUUUUUAUACUGUAAACUGCCCGAUGAUGAUGAUGAUGAUAAUAAUAUAUUUAUACCCCACCCAUCUGUCUGGGUUUCCCCCACAACUCUGAGUGGCUCACAACAGAAUAUUAAAACAGAAUAAAACAUCAAACAUUAAAAACUUCCCUAAACAGGGCUGCCUUCACAUGUCUUCUAAAAGCCAGAUAGUUGUGUAUUUCCUUGACAUCUGGUGGGAGGGCAUUCCGCAGGGCGGGUGCCACUACCAAGAAGGCCCUCUGCCUGGUUCCAUGUAGCUUCACUUCUCGCAGUGAGGGAACUGCCAGAAGGCCCUCGGAGCUGGAUCUCAGUGUCCGGGCUGAACGAUAGGGGUGGAGAUGCUCCUUCAGGUAUACUGGGCCAAGGCCCUUUAGGGCUUUAAAGAUUCCUUCCAGCAGCACCUUAGAGACCAACUAAGUUUGUCAUUAGUAUGAGCUUUGGCAGGGCUUUAAAGGUCAGCACUAACACUUUGAAUUGUGCUUGGAAACGUACUGGGAGCCAAUGUAGGUCUUUCAGGACUGCUGAUCCUUGGAUGAAGGGCUGUAUAUAAAUGCAAUAAACAAAAUAAAUAUACAAAAUAGCAGAUUCACCCUAUUUAAAGCCAUGAAGUUCAGUGGGUAGCCUUGGUAGGCUGCGCCUCUGUUAAUGACUGACUGGAGUCAUUGUGAAGAUAAAGAGGUGGAAAAUAGUUUCAAUCUUCUGCUCCUUUGUGGAAGCAUGGGAUAAAAAUAUAAUAAACUAGCUGGCCCGGCCACGCGUUGCUGUGGGUCAUCCCUGUGAUUCCCCCCACCCUGUCCCGAUCCAUGACAUAUCCCGCCCCUGCUUCCUCCAAACCCUUGGCUCAUCCCUGUGUUUCGGUAGGAUACCCUUCCCUCUGUUUUCCCCGGGGAGUGUUGUCCCCUCCCCCCUGUAUCUCCUUACAGUGGCCCCUGCACACGCAUCGUGAACAUUUUUAUAUAUUUAGAUUUAAAAAAUUUGGAAUAAGAACAUGAGAAGCAGAAGUUAUUAUUGUUUAAUUUUAUUUUUGGUGUUGUCAUUUAUUUUGGUGGGUUUUGUAUGAUGUGGGCAGGUAUUGUAUGAUUUGGGUAUCAUUGUGUUGAUUUUUGGUGUUGUCAUUUAUUUUGGUGGGUUUUGUAUGAUGUGGGCGGGUAUUGUAUGAUUUGGGUGUUGUUGUGUGUUUUGGCGGGGGGUUGUGUGUUUUUUGUUAUUUGGAUUUUCUAAUUUUGGUGACCCAGAGAACCCAGAGAACUACUUUAAUAAUCCCAACCGUGGGGGGGGGGGAGAGGAAUCGAAUAGUGAAGACCCACAGCCCCGUAGCAACAGAAGGCGAGUUCCGAAGCGCCCAAGCUGUUCAGUUCCAUUAAAAGCCCAGGAAGCGGCAUGGGGAAGGUGGGAGAUUGUAAAUCAAGGCGGGUGGGAUUGGCCACUGCAAAUAUCCGAGGACUUAAACUGGGGAGAGAAAGUACAUGGUUGUGUUUUUUUAAAAAGACGCAGAGACUUGCAAUCAGUCAUAGUAUAAAGCCUAGGUUAAAAGGGGCAUGACUGCACUUACUUAAAAUGGCCACUGGAGCCUCGCAUGUGACACAACGCCCACUAAAUUUUAAAGUAAAAACCCAUUGCCAUGCCCCCAAGUGCUGUGGGUUAUCCCCCCCCCGGGCCUAGUGGGGGCCUGGCGGCCUGGCAGGGGCCUAUAUAAAACAAAGGCUGUGCUGUGACCUGCGAUUUGGGCGCUCGCCCUCCGCCCCGGGCCUAGUGGGGGCUUAGCAGCCUGGCAGGGGCCUAGGGGUCUGGUAAUGGCCACCUUGGUGGUUUCAGUUGCUUGGUUGAUGAUGUCAUUAUUUGGCGCCGCCCUUCAGAGCUUUUGCUGGUGACAGCGUGCAGUCUGCCUUUCUAUUGGAUGCUGCUGGAGUCUUCAGAGCUUUUGCUGGUGAUGUCUAAUUUGUGCGCCACUUUUUUGCGUUUAAUCACUAUUUAAGGUAUGAAAGUUGUGCUUUUGAAUUUUUUUAAUACCAGAUCCCUCACUGAUGAGCAAGGUACGCUUUGUCCUAAUUUGAUGCAAUUUGGUUCAGCGGUUACGGAGAAAGGCUGUGACCUCUGUGCGCACAAUGCCUACAUUUCUAUAUAUAUAGAUACUUGAAUAAGAAAAGCUGAUGGGUUCGUGCUGGUCUUAUUAUUUAUACUGAGAAGUGUUCUUAGGUACUUGGCUAGCUUUUUCGUUGUGCAUUGCGCACCAUCUCUCUCAAAUCUUUCAGCACAUACAGACCUAAUCUGCUGCCAAAAAGCACAUUUGACUUUUAUGUAGCUUUUUACUAGCUUUCUUUGGCUUUGUACUUUUUUAUAAAAAAGUGGAUUUUUUUUAAAAGGUUGAUACCAGCUUCUCCAAACAUAAAUAGAUUUGCAAUAUCACUCAGCGAUAGAUUAUAUAAGUAAUCUGUAAGUAAGGUCAAUUCAUAUAGCCUCAAAAAUUUCUAUAAAUGUGAGUCAGUCACUUUUGAAAACUAUACAAAGCACUGAAUAACGUUGGAUUAUGAAAUGUACACUGUAACCCUCUUAAUACUCUUUCUCCAUAAUUCCUCAUUCUGUUCAUAUUCACUGAAAAAGACAUUUUUCUUGAAGUGGUGUUGCUCAUUACAUUGACUCCACUCUUGUACAAUCAGUACAAUCAUGUCUGAUGUCAUUACACUUUUUGACAACACUUUUUUUAGCUACUUCUGGCCUGUGGAACCAAUGAGACCUGCAAGGCUUCUCCAUUUGGCACACGAGGCCAUUUCAGGAAAGCCACACUCACCUCUCCAUCACCCAAAGCAGGAAAGACACAGAUUGGGUUGCAGAGGAACAAUCGCCUUUUCCCACCUGGCCGGCACGGCAGGGCCCUGAUUGACUCCAGCUACAAAAGCUGAGGCUGCUGAACGGACUUUUGGGCUGCGGUUGACUGGCAGCAGCUGGAUUAUCUAGUAAUUGACAUGCCACCUGGGACAGGAGAUGUACAACUGUCAAUCUCACAGAAUAUCCCAAUUGCAGGGGCUGUGAUGGUGUCCACUCCUCAGGAUAUCGCUUUACUGGAUGCACGCAAAGGAACUGAGAUGUUCAAAAAAGUGAAUGUGCCGGUCUUGGGGCUCGUUCAAAACAUGAGCCUUUUCCGGUGUCCAAAAUGCAACCACGAAACCCACAUUUUUGGAACUGAUGGUGUGAGGAAUCUAGCCUGUGAUCUUGGUCUGGAUGUUUUAGGUGACAUUCCUCUACAUGUCCACAUAAGAGAAACAUCUGAUGCUGGCAAGCCUAUUGUGGUCUCACAGCCCCAGAGUGACGUGGCCCAAGCCUAUCUGAAGAUUGCUGCUGAAAUAGUGAAAAGACUGCCAGUUUCUCCAACUUAAAACCAUAUUUUUGAGGUUCUGUGACUAGAACUUUACCAUUUGAAGUGUGCCGUAGGAUGUGACAGAAGAAAUGCCAUAUUAUGGAACAUGCCUUAUUUUUUAUUUUGUCUUGGAAAAUUAAAUGUCGGUACCAACUUAGUGCAAUUGUCAUAUCAAACGUUUGAAGCAAACUUUCGGCAUGCUUUAGCAGCAAAAAGCACCAAAGAGCCAACUUGUAUUUGGAACUCAAUAUUUUUAGUGCACCAUUCAGUAGGCCUGGUAUUAAAGAGGAAGAGAUAUUUGAAGAGAUUUUAGCGUCUUUAUGUAGGUACACUGACAAACACCAGAACGCACCACUGCAUGUGUGGUCAGUUUGUUUCUCUCUGUCAUGUGUCUGAAUGAAGAUACUAGAAAUGUAAGAUAAUUAUGCUCAGCUUUGAAGAGUUAUCAUUAGCCAAGAUUCACUUAUAAGCAGUCAAACAAUUAACUAAGAAUCCCAAGAACUGGCUUUUUAAUGCAUUCUCUUAUCAGCUUAUGUUCGAUCAUAAGAUAAUUUUCUUAUUGUAAUUGUCUGGGGAAAUUGCUCCAUUUCCUUUGUCUUGUUGAGCCUGAAUAAACCCAAAAAUCAGCAACAAGCUCUUCAUUAAAAUUAGAUGCAUUUGAGAUCAGGUUGCCAAAGGAGGAAACAAGUGAUAAAAAUUAAUUACUGACGAUUGCAUAUAUGAAUAUUUUCCCACUAGGAAAUAAUAGCCCUGAAUCUAUAAACAAAAAGAUCUAAUUGCCCUUUUUUUAUCAGUGCAUACUGCGUGGUUUUGUCUGAAUUUCCUACUGCCUUAAGUCUUGCAUCAUUAUUUUCUGCUAAUAGAGCUGGUCACAGCAGGGGGAGGGGGAACUGAAUAUGAAUGCAUCUAGGAUUUAGGCUUACAUAAACUGAAAGUGUGUUUGUACAGAAUGGUUUAUUAGUGUCUCUCUAUUCAAUUCUACAUCUUUUUGGUUCAUGCUACUAUUUGUUCCUGUUAUAUACGGUAGGUUCUAAUGAUAAUGUACAAUGACUCACUCAUACACAGAAUAAGCAAGAGAACGGGUUGUAUUCAAUACAGUGGUACCUCGGGUUAAGAACUUAAUUUGUUCUGGAGGUCCAUUCUUAACCUGAAACUGUUCUUAACCUGAGGUACCUACUAAUGGGGCCUUCUGCUGCCACUGCCACUGCCACAGCCACACAAUUUCUGUUCUCAUCCUGAAGCAAAGUUCUUAACCUGAGGUACUAUUUCUGGGUUAGCGGAGUCUGUAACCUGAAGGGUCUGUAACUAGAAGCAUCUGUAACCCGAGGUACCACUGUAUAGCGCUAAGGUGAACAUUCGAUCAGCACAAUAAUUUAUCCUUCGUAGUGGAAUAUUAUCCUCCCCUGCUCUCACCCCCCUGCAUGCCUCUAAAUCUGUUUCCCUUGCCUUGCAAAUCUGGGGAUAGCUUGUGCUAGUCCAAAAUGUUAGGCCUAAUAUUUUACUGGAAAAGGUUAUGUGAGUAGCUGUCUGAUUUUCAGAGUUUAGACUGCCAUUUUGUUCUCCAGCAUAUACUAUUCAAAUAAAUACAGUCUCCCUAUGAAUUCACAGGAUCUGAGAUAAAACGUGGUAAUGUUACUAUAGGUAAUGGGAAAGAAGCUUUCCGAAGCAGGUUUCCCAAGGGAGCAAAAGCUAGAUAGAUUGUGCUGAGGCCUUAUUCCAGGACAUCCCUCAGCACCACUAAGUUAUUUAGUGGUUCAUAUUGUAGGGACGCAGGUAGCCUAAGGCUUGCAGAUCAGAAGGUCGGCGGUUUCGAAUCCCCGCGACGGGGUGAGCUCCUGUUGCUCGGUCCCAGCUCCUGCCAACCUAGCAGUUUGAAAGCAUGUCCGUGUGCUGCUCUGGUUCACCAGAAGUGGCUUUGUCAUGCUGGCCACAUGACCUGGAAGCUGUACGCCGGCUCCCUCGGCGAAUAACACGAGAUGAGUGCCGCAACCCCAGAGUCGGUCACGACUGGACCUAAUGGUCAGGGGUCCCUUUACCUUUAUUGUAGGGGCAAGGUGCCUCCCAUUCAUCCUUUAUACUGAGCUUGACUACAAUGACUUUUAUAUAGCACUGAUUGGCUUUUGGAGAGACUGGAUCCAGAUGCACCAUUCUCAAGUUUCCAUCUUGGAUGGACAAAGGCACACAUCUUCUCCCUCUUCUUUAUACUGAGCGUUGGCAAACUGAUUCUCUGAUUAAAAGUUUCCUAGAGCAUCCAUGAAUCGUUUCUUUAUUUUUGUGUUGCAAAUUUUUGUGUUGUGUUUAAACAAGAAAGAAGGAAUUUUGGCAAUUUAGUAACAAUAUAAAUCAGCAAUACUGAUUUAUAAAUCCUUGCAUCUUUUAUCCAUAACAGGAUCAAGGUAGCCUGUACGCAUGCGUGUAUGAAUGCUUUUGUUGCCAUGUGGACUUCUGUUUGGAAUACACUAGUAAGAGUUGUUUGACAUCUAUCUGUCUCAGGAGACAAUGGAAGACUGUGCCUUCUGGGGUGAAGACAAACCAUUGGUGAGUUACAGCACCAGGUGUGGCUGUAGAGACAGAUAUGAGAGAGACAUGUUUUGUUGCAGCUGAUGCAUGUGUAGCAUGGCAUUUCUUCUUUCUGCGCUUCUCUCAGCAGUCAUUCCUUUUCUGAUUGCUGCUAUGGAUACACAACCUGUCUGUCUCCAGACACUGCAGUUGUCUGCAAGAGAUUCCCACAUGGUGGGGUUAAUGUUGCCAUCACAUCCUGGCAUGUGAUGCCCCAAAUCUUCCUGAUGCAGUGCAUGUGGGAGGCAUCAUUCCUGGCAGGUGUAAGUUGCCCAUGUCUCACUACCAUAAAGUGGUGUGCUCAGCACGCAAGCCUGGUAGACCUUCAUCUUGGUAUUGGCCAUUGACUUCACAUUCUCCCAUACCCUUUUGGAGAGGCAAACCGUUGCUACAGCUCCCUUGCCAAAAUGCUCAGCGUUGAUGGAGAAGUUGUUGGUUAUGGUGGAGCCCAGGUAGACAAAAUUGUCUAGCACCUCAAGCGUGUGGCUGCCAAUGCUUGGAGUGCUGGUGAUGUUCUGACCCAGGAUGUUGGUCUUUGUCAGGUUGAUGGUAAGGCCGAACUCCCUGCAGGUUUGGGCAAAACACUUGAUGAGAUUCUGUAGAUCUUCCUCGGAGCGUGCUGAAAGCAACAAGGAAGAAUAGGCACAAAGAGUUGGGUUGAGAACACAACCCUAUUUUACACCACUCUUCAUAGGGAAGGCAUCCGAGGAUGAGCCAUCAUAUUAGACGGUGCUGCACAUGUUAUUGAGGAAGGACAUGGUCAUCUGGUGGAGCGUCCUACUUUAUUGAACAGUGUGAAGAGUCCUUUUCGACUGCCGACCCAUUGAUUUCAGUAUUCUCUUGUUGGUAUUGAUUAAAUUGCUUUUUAAUCACUGGUAUAUGUUGGAUGGAUUUAUUGCAUUUUACAUACUUUUGGAACCUGCUCUGUGAUCACUUGAUGUGAUGAAAGGUGGUCUCCAAUUUUUUGGAGCAAGAUAUCAUUUAAAAUAUCCAUACGUGUUUCACUCUUAAUUUUGAAAAAUCAGAUAAUGAGAACGCAUCAGUUCUACGCUGCUCUUUUCUUGUAAGUUAUCCGUUUUAUCAGUUGCUUUUCCAAUGCUGAAAAUUCAGUAUUGUUGCUAUUUCAAACAUGCAGAUGUGUUAGUUGGUUACAGAACUGAGCUGCUUUACUUCACCUUUCUAUCUAAACAUAAUUAGCUUAGUAUUUUUUAAAAACAACAGCAACAAUAAACUCUCUGCUAUCUUACAGUAAAAAUUGCAAAUGUUGCUAAAGCUAGCCGCCACAAAAAGCCAUUAAAAUACUUCAAGAAAAAGAGCCAAAGACCUGCUGAAAUAGAAGAGUCUUAUAUGACCAAAGACAAGUAAAGGAGGAGGAGGAGGAUUUGAUACCCCGCUUUAUCACUACCCAAAGGAGUCUCAAAGCGGCUAACAUUCUCCUUUCCCUUCCUCUCCCACAACAAACACUCUGUGAGGUGAGUGGGGUUGAGAGACUUCAAAGAAGUAUGACUAGCCCAAGGUCACCCAGCAGAUGCAUGUGGAAGAGCAGAGACACAAACCCGGUUCCCCAGAUUACAAAGAUGGAGCCAGGCGAUUUGGAAAAUCAAUAAAAAUAAUUGGAAGGGGGGGAGGGGAGCCAGAGCCAGAUGGACCUCCUUUGAGAGGAUGUUCCAGAGUCUGAGCAGAAAGAACACUUGAUGGCUCCUAACUGAAUAUGUGAAAUGCUUCUGUUGAAAAGCACUGUGUUUUGAUGUGAUACAGAAGUUCUGUUUCGUACGUUUCAGGGUUUAAGAGCUCUUAUGUGAAUUAAAGUUGAAAAACGACCAUGAACUUGACCAGCUGGCAGUCUGGGGGGGGGAGGGGGAGACUUCUAGGUGCCCGGAGAAAGUUAUUUUUGUGGAACACUUGAUGGAAAAUUCUAAACAAAAGGUGACCCCAAAGGAGGAUUCAAGGCUGAAAUAAAUAUUUUUCCAAACACCUGGAGCUCUUUCCACCCCAUCAUAUAUUAAGUUGUCAAGUCUUGCAUGCGUAUGGCAAACGACUCUGCCUUCAUUUGAAAUUAUCCGCGGAUAAUGGACAGUUGCAUCUGGAGACACGGCCAGGACCACAACACUGACUGGGAACACAAGCUGUCCCGGUGUAAAAGCCAGGCCCAGGGCAUGGUCAGUUGAGAAAAUAGGGACCAGGAUGGUCAGGCCAUCCCCUGGCAAGGACCUUGGGCUCGACUGUUCCAUUUUCUAGAGAGAUGGGAUAUAGCAGCAUUGGGGGCCCUCCUUGGACUGAUGCCCACAGGUAAACAGUGUGGAGAGAGACAGUGACAGGAUGAUUAGAGAAAUCUGGCUGAGAAAGAACCAGUAUGAAGUAACGACAUCUGUACUGAACCCACAAAGAAAAGCAAUUUUUCUGAACAGCUUAUCAAUUAUAGGAGUGGCACUAACUGCUGAGUGAAUAUGUAUAGGUUCGAGCAUCUCUUUACCAUCACCCCACACACUCUUAACACAAUUCCACCCCCCCCCAGGGUGAAAAAGCAGGGGGGCUGUUUUGAGGGCAGAAAAAGUGGCUGGUGGUGAGGUGGUUAAGGAGCACUUCCCCACCAUUCUUUCCUGCAAACUGGCACCCUGUUUCAUUUAUUUUAAAAUAAUCAGACUUUUCAUGUUUCCUGUGCAAUCUCUGAUUUGGCCCCAUCAUAAAACACUUUCCCUGCUAGUUUCGAGAGACUCUUAAUGCUCCAUGACGGAAUGAUGGCAGCAGCUCCAAUCCAGCUGGGCUUGAUGAUGUGAGAAUAGCUAUGUAAAAGUACCAACCAUGCUGUGCAAUUAAACUUUCUCUACAGAGUAGGAAGAGUAGUCAUGGCAUAAUUGUACACGUCAUAUAAUUGUGCUAUUAGCGCAAUUAAAUGCGUAUUUAUUUCUCUGGCUGCUUUCUCCCCUCUUUAUUUUUAGCUGGUGUUCUAAAUAAAACUGCUGAUAGGGAAGCAAAUUAACCUCAAGUGUUCACACAAAAUAAGAGAUUUAAGUAUACAGUUCUUGAGCUUCUCUUUCUGUGGACAAACGCCAGCUCUCUUGGCCUGAAAGCGAGAUGAGCGCCGCAACCCCUUUGACUGGACUUGGAGACCUUUACCAUUACCUUAUUUAUUGCAUAUUUGAAAUAUCUAUAUUUUCUUCACAGAAGUGAAAGUAACGAUUGCCAGCAAUGAGUAAACAGACCACAUCUUGUUUCUGGAACGGGAUAGUUCUAAAAGCAGUAAUAAAACCAUGCAAGGAAGUCAAAUGUUAAAAACUCCCGUUUC